AUGACCAGGGGUGCUGGGACGUGUUGGCAGCAAGAAGAUGACGACGGCUUCCAAAUCUGGCUAGAGCCCCCCCGCGACAACCAAAAGCCAUUCACCGACUCAGAGAGGGCGCAGAGAUGGCGACUGUCCUUGGCAUCCCUCUUGUUCUUAACCAUCCUCCUCUCUGAUCACCUGUGGUUCUGCGCCGAGGCCCGGACCCGGGUCAAGUUCGCACCCUCCCACCUCCUGUCACCCCAGACCCACUCAGCACACAGCAGCCUCAGAGGAAACCCAGCUAUUUUUAUAGGAAACUCUACCAAACAUUUGUGGCGGCUUGAAACUUGCCACCCGGAUAGUUUAUCUAAAGACUGCUUUACUCUCGCGAAUGCCGACGACUUGUGUGAGGGCCUUUCCGACAAAGAGGGGACGCGGGCUGUAAAUAUGAGCGAUUUGUACCUUUCCUUUUGUAACUCCUACUCUCUGCUGGAUUUGUUUUACGGCUCGACAAGUCCGGACAAUUUAAACUGCAGCCUCGAAUUGCUCACCGAUGACACCAACAGAUGCAGCGAGUGCGUCCAGGCGUACCAGCGCUACGACCAGCACGCCCAAGAGAAAUACGAGGACUUUGAGCUCCUCACUCAGAAAUAUGAGCCGGGGGCUUAUUCAGUGAGGACGUGCAUGGAGCAGUGCAAGGUAGGAUGCAAAAUGGAAAGAGAGAAAAAAAAAUGAAAGGGGGCGGGGGUUGUGGUGUGGUGUUUGGAGGUGGGGGUGAUGUGGUGGCCAUCUGUUGAUUUGGGCCCGGAUAGAUGCCAGUUUUUGGUCCUCCUCCUCUUCUUGUCGCCAUGGAGACGGAUGACAGAUUCAAGGAGACUCCCGGCUCCGGGCCUCAUGUUCAUUCAUCUCCUCAUUGUGUUUAGGCCCCAUGCUAAUGUGCAGAUGGAGGCCCUGCUAGUGUCUCUCCAGCACCAGGAGCCGCUUCUCCGUCUCCUUUUACCUUUCACCGUGCUGUUUCUUUUGUCAUUGCAGAGCGCCUCAUGCUUUCUUUAGCUGACCUAAAGCUAACAAACAACUCCAGGAAACCUGUGUGUCCUGCCCGUGUGAGCUGUCGCAGUCCGCCAGGUGUUCAUCAUGGCCGCCCACUUAAUAUCGAGAGCGUUUCAUUUAAGUCAAGAGGUGGUUUCCCCGCCUAAUGUGGCGGAAGGCUCGUGUGUUUGCUCAUUGGCAGGCCCUUACGUAGGCCUCGUUAACAGCUAGGCCUCGUGUCACUGUUUACCCGCUUUGAUAGCUGAAGAAGGUGGGUCAAAGUGGGCUGUUGUGUGGAACUGGGAAACGCGAAAGGGAAGGAGGGGGGAAACAUCAGCGUUCAGCACCGCGGACAGCUCCUCUCUACAGGCGCUGCCGUGGAGCUGCUCGCGGUGCUGAAUGGCGCUCCCCGGCUCCAUUCACAGAAGCCUUGGCCAAUCCCAGAUGGCCUCCAUUCACCCAACCAGUGGCUGAGACACAGGCAAAGGCGUCAAGAAGGCGAAUCUUAUACGACCAUCUGCUUACCUAUAGGAACCCAAAAGCAUUCACUGCAACAACAAGUGCUUUUUUCCCCCCCCAAACGCCUUUUCUCAGGAUACUUAACCAAAACUAAGACUUAAAUUACUAAGUACGCAUAAGUAAAUGAUGCCCAUAGAGUCAGAAAAUGUACCUGUUGGUUUCUGGGAACAAAAGUGAAAAUGUUUUGCCUUUUCUUUGUUUGUUUUCUUACUUUAUGGGCAGAUUUUUACAAGGUCCAGUUAUCGGUUUGUAGUACUUUGAAACAAGAUGAUAAUCUGCAAUUGCCAGCUUAUGUGGCUUACUUUGAGUCAAAUAAGACAUUUUUGGCAGGAAUAGGAUAAUGACACUUGGAGCUUUUUGCGGUUUUAAGACAAGUAGCUUGAAUUUUAGUAAGGUGGAAAAAGCGUUUCGAUAAAUUCUACCCGAGUUAAAACACACUCAUUUUCGUGGAAUUUCCCUUAAGUGAAAGUAAAAUAAUCAGAGUGGCUUGUUAUGUGGAGUCAAAAAUAAGUAUUUAAUUGGUUUGUAAUGAGUAGAAAUGGCUCCAAAUGCAGCAAGCAAGAUUAUCCUGAUAAAACAAGGUGUAAUACUUAUUUCAAUGGAUGUAUAAAGAAAUUUUCAGCUUGGUGUAUCUUCAAAUAAGAUUACUGUUUGGACCUGUCAGGCCAGCAUAGCUUUAAUUGAGUGCGAUGGGAUAUUUAAGCCAUAAUAUAGUACUCUCCGUUCCAAUGGAAGUAGAUGUAAUUUGUUACUUUCCACCCCCUGCAUUUAGAGAUACCCCAAAUAAUGGAAACAGGGCUGUACUCUACCUUAGCUACCUUAAUCUAAGUCAGCAAAAAACAUCACUGAAUUCCCAUCUUUUCUUUCUGUGUGUGUGCAUUUAUCAAACAAUAAUUUGGUCUCUUUCAUACUCCCCUUGCUUGUGGUUUUGUUAACCCAAGAAAACACAACACAACCUUUUUUUUUUUUUACCAAGAGAUAAUACCAUCAUUCAUGUGGUUGCAGACCUAAUAUUCUUCAUCAAACUCACACUCACCCACAUUCUCUAUUUAGACGAAGAGCUGUGCUUUCAGUCAUCUUUUGUUGCUACUUAAAAUCAGGUUUCACAGUUAAUGCCUGAUAUUGCCAAAGUUUGAAUUAAUGCUACCAAGUUAGUCUGAAGGACAUAUGCAAAGUGACUGUAGCUAGCUGUGGGGAAAAAUUACCUUUCCCUCAUCUGAUCACUCAAUCAGCUUCUUUUUUUACACACUUUCAAAAGGCACAAAAGUCACCAUGUUAAACCUGAUAAAGUAAUACACCACUGAGGGAGCACCUGGCAGCUGUUGCAAGAAAAACUUUUAAUAGGCAGAAACCUUGAGCUGGACUAGACACACUGGUGGGCAGCAGCAGAGAAAGUGGGCUAGUGGAGGAAUUGUCUACAGCUUUAAAUCUCGAGUAGUUUUAGAGCCUAAAAAGGACCAAAGUCACCAAACAUGACCCCAACAUCAAUCCCCCAACAAGCAAACAACCCAGCAACAGUGGCAAGGUAAAACUUCCUAAUGAAAGGCAGAAACCCUGCGCUGAACUCCCUGUAGCAGAGUUAUUUAAAAAGGAUCAAUCACUUAAUCAGUCUCUUUUCAUACAGCGCAACACAAUUGUUUUCAGGUAAGGUACAAAGUAUAUAUUGUUGUCUUCAAUGGAGUUGUCCUGAAGCAGCUAAUUUCCUGUCUGUUAAACUGAAAUAAAGUACCAGCCGACAGACUAGUCUAAGGAGGAAAUUACAUUCUGUUUUAACAACACACAGCUGACACACAACUUGUGUCUAUUUUGUAGAUCAAAACACUGCUUGAACUAAGUUGUGCCUCAAGUUGCCAUCAGUCAUCUUGAUCCUGUUUGGCAGAUUUUACUCACAGUAUAAAUAACUUGUUAAGCUGAUGAGUAGUUCUGGUUUUGACUCGUCAGGUUGAUGCUUUUGAGAGUGUAGUUGACGAAACACACACAUUCCUGGUUGUUAUUGUACUAUUUACAGAGCUUAAACAUCAGUCGGCUUCUGUGAAAGAAUUUGACAAGAUUGGAAAGAUGUUGGAAACCUCAAGUAGAACCAGAUGGGUGGGCACUCAUUAGCCACAUAGUGCAAUUUACUUGUAAUCCUCAUCCACUUUACUCUGACUUUCACCUGAUUAUAUUAACUAGCAGGCAGAAAACUUGAGUAGAACCAGACUGUGGUGGACAGCCAUCUUUUGCAGAGAACAUUUUGUAUGUGACUUGAUUCCCAAACCUAAUAUUGACAUUAAUGCAAAAAUAAGCAAAAACAUUUCUUGUAACAGGCAGAAAGUUUAAGCUGGACCAGACUCUGAUGAACAACCAUCUGCUCGAUAGUGCAUUUUGCUUGUAAUCCUUGUCCACUUUACUCUGACUUUCACCUGAAUAUCGUAUUGAUCUACUGUCACUGUUGCAACACUCAGCAGCAAUCACAAGGGAAAACCGGCUGGCAGAAACCUCCAGGAUGGACAGCCAUCUCCUGCAAAGUACAUUUUCCUUUUAAUUUAGUGUCUUAAUCUAACAUUGGCAUUAGCCCAUUAGUGAGCAAGCAUUUGACAACAGUCCUUUUGACAGGCAGAAACUUGAGCAGAACCAGAGCAUCUGGUGCUAGGAAACAGUCAGGUCUAGGUAUUUGUUUAUGUAAGACGAUGCUAAUUAAUUUGCAUAUCUACAAGUCUAAGUUGUGGUUUCAAUGACCUGAUAGUAGUUCAUUAAGGGCAAACACUUGACAACAGGAAACAGGUAGAAACCAUGGGCAGAACUGGACUCAUUGUUGGAAAGCAAUCUGCUGUGACCUAAUCGGACUAUAAAGUUGGAAAGACAAAAGAAAGUUGGACAAAGAGUGAAACUGAUUAAAUAACACAGACAGACACACAAAAAACUAUUAUAAAAAGUAUAUAAAAAAGGUUUUGCCUCAUUUCUAUUAAUGAUGGUGAUUACUGCAGGCUUUCCAUACCAUCUCUACUCUCUCAUAAGACUCAAGGCCUUUCUUAACGCUGACUGGGUAAAGUCUGACAUAAGAGAAACCCCUCUGAGCUUUGUGGGUCGGCAGCUUAAAAAAUCUCAACUAAAAUCAUAAAUGAAUGCAGAAUUUUCAAAGAAAUAACCUGCCGAGAAUGUACCAUGAAUGUACACUUGCACUCAUAUCAGUCGGAGAAGCCUUGGCUGUGCUCUUUACAUUCUUUCUUCUGUUGCUGAACUAAGGCCCCACGCAUGAUUCAUGUUUUACCGGCUGCCAGUCUCAGGCUGACAUUUACCCGCUCUCAGAGGUAACCUCUUGGCACUUAAGGAGAAAACAGUCAUUUAGUCAAGCUGCUAAUUCCUUUCACAAUGACCCCUCUCUAUCACUUUCUUGAUUAUAGGUUCGUUCUCGUCUUGUAAAUGUGGUUGGCAGGGGGAAUAAACAAAGAGAGUCAUGGCUCAAACGAUAAUGCCACCCUUGUUGAAUUAAUGGCUACCUGCCUUGGAGAAGCCUUGAAGUGCUGGGUAAACUGGGUGAGGUGGAUGUAUGCGUAAAUAUGGCACAAUUACAAUCACCACUGUAGUACUAAGAGAGAAAACAUCAACAAAACACAUCCUGAUUGUUUUGUUUCAGCAUUCAGGGGUUGUAGGUGUUGCUUAUGCACUGCCAGGGGAAGAUCUGUGACAUUUCAAGUGGUGUUGUUUGACAUGGAGAGUGGGGUUUGUUGUGCAGGAGUGGUUCCAGUGGUCCGCAGGUGGUGCUUUGAUUCUUUUAGCCCGAGGUGAAACAUCACAUGGCGGUCACGGCCCUAGUGCUGUUCCUCACGAUGGGAUUCUCCAUCAUCUGACUCGGUGAAAAGCCCUCUAUUCAUCUUGACAGCGGGGCCGGGCUUGAAACAUUUAAACCUGGGUUGAUGCUCUAAUGCUGACCUGAAAGCUGGAGUCCUGAGCAUGAACUAAAAUGUCAGAUUCGGGGGUGGUUUUACAGGGAACAGUGAAGCCAGGACAAAAUAAAGUACUGGAAAACUACGGCACAGAGCAGAAACCACCAGAAACACAGGCCUGUGAUCUCCCUACAUUGUUUAAUACAGGGGUUCCUGCCUACUUACUGACUGUUUUAAGACAGAUUUGGCCACUUCAGAGUUACAAGGCAGCUAAAUGGACUUUUACAGUUAUCAGAUCUUAUUAUGUCUUGUAAAACUGAACUGAAGCAACAGAAGUCUGAUUUACAGCCUGCUGUUUAUGGACAUUUUUAGACCAAGUCUCUUAUACGGAAAGUUUCAAGGUCCUUUCACACCGGGAGCGUUUUUUUCGUGUGAUUAUUUCCGGCGUCAAUAUUUUUUUUGAACCGGUAUCCUGUCAAUACAAGCGUUUACAUCAGUGACGUUUUCCUGUCCUGCGAUAUUGUGGCAUUUAUUUUUUCGUAUCACAGUCGAGUUUUCUUAAGUUUCGCAUACUGUGUGUCCACUACUGACCAAUCAGAUUUCGUGUUGUUGCGACGUCAGAUUCACCGGUAUAUCCAACAUGGCCGACCGGCUGAUUGUUUACGUGUCGGAGAACAGAGUUCUUUUUGAUAAAAAACACAAAUAUUACAAAGAUUACGACCUGAAGGACAACUUGUGGAGAGUCAUAGCGUUGGAUUUCUCAUAUGAUGAUGGUUUGUGUGCUUUAACAGUUUGCUAAACGUCUUUGUUUUAACUUUCAUCUGUGCUAAGUAACUUUAGCUCGUAAGCUAACCUGUUCAGAUACAACAUACCAUAUGUAUUUUCACUGUCUCAAACUCAAUCGUGUUGCUGUCACAGCACCAUUAGGUCUCAGUUGUUACCUUACGUUUAUGGAUUAUAGUUUAAUGUGCUUUUCUGGUACUGGCCCCGACUCAGUACAUGCCAUCAUGACAGACAGACAUCUCAACACUAGAGUCUAAUCAGAACUGAAAAACACUCAGUCUGCUGUUGUGUCAGUCUUCUCGCUUCCACCCGGGACGCGUCUUUUUUUUCCCCCCCGGAAAGUCGCAAAAUCACAUCGCGCUUGAUAUGUAUAGUCAGGCUCGUCAAAAUUCGCCUCCGAAUAUUUCGUAAUUUCGCGUAGUAAAAUUGCAUCGUUUCCGAUGUGUAAGGACCUUGAGUUUUGACACCUUUGAAGUUUGUCUAGGAGUUAGCCCAAAUUCUCCUUGUUGAAUGGGAGGGGCGAUCAGAAAAUAUGAUCUUGGUUGUAGUGGGCGGGGCUUAAAUAGAUAAGUUCAUAUCACAUGCACAAGGGUUUAAAGUUAUAUGAAAACUUGAAAACAAAAAGACCAUCAGCAACACGAUUGAUGAAUUUUAAAGCCAGAAAUCAGUGUGAGGGGUCAGGUGACAGAAGUCAAAAGUUCCUCACUGGGGCUUUAAAUUUCUAGCUCUGACUCCUACUAUAUAACACCUUAUGAUGGUGGAAUAACUUUUUGUUUAACUUUCACGUCAUUUUAUCCAACACUCGAACAUUUAAAGCCUCAAAGAAGCCAGUUAUGUCAAGUGUCCAUUUCCCCAUGAAUCAGUUGUCAUUUUUGUGAACCAGCCAGCUUUUAAUCAGCUAACGGUUUUGGGACGCUGCCAUUUUUCCUUUUGGGGCAACUGUCCAAUCACCCAGAUUGAUGAGGACCCUCACUGUAGCACAGGACAUGCUAUCAGAACUUGUAGUUUCUCUGGCAUGUUGGGGUUUCCCACCUGAAGUGAUGAGUCGGUAGUGUUUUUUUUUCAUUUUUUGGAUCUUUUGCAGCAAAAAAAAAAACAUCCAAGUCCCCAGCUGACAUUAUCACAGUGUGAGAGGGAAACAUCUACAAUUUUUCAAAACAAAACACUCAGACUUGACAAGAAUAAUGAUUGAGGGAUCUGUUCCUCCCUGAGUUUUUAAAGCAGAACUUUAAAAACCUGGACAAGUAAACAGGAAAACUCCAGAACUGUAUCUGCCUCUAAUACUUCCUUCAUGUCUUCUUUGACCCUCUGUGACCUCCUCUGCUAGAGCGACGACUGCCAAUCCUGCGUCUUCUUUCCUGCCAGGACUGUGAUGCAAAAUCAUUUCAAAAACACAAUCACUGAUAAGUCUGCGCACAAAUCUGUCUCCUCCCCCACCCUCCAGGUCCAAUUGAAUGUCUAAUCUUAGCCGGUGUUGUGUGCGAGUGGAAAGGAGGACAGCGUCCACAGCGUGCUCCCUCUUUAGAUCCUUGUCGACCGCACACAUCUGCAUUGAUCUGAGCUCUUUUUGAGCUGGAGGGACGGGUGGCAGCAAUACCAAGAGGUUGAUCCCUAUUGAUUUGCACCAAGCCCUCUGCGCUCACUCGUCCUUCAUUUGAUAGUGGGCAGCUCCUCCGAAAACCGAAAUAGGGCAGCGCCUGAGCUCAGUGAAGACAUCAUGUCACAAUCUGAACCUGCCUGGUUGUAAAUCUGGACCUGGAAGUGUGUGCGUUUGUGUGUUUUCAGACACAGUUUAGGAAGACAAGUGUUAGAGUUGCUCUCUCUUCAUCUGUUUUCUUCGUUUCCUACAAUAAUGACAGUUAUGCAAUCCUGCAGUAAAUGGUGUGUAACCACGAGGAUAUCAGCUGUCAGACGGGGGGCCUGAAACAGAAUCUAAACACAGAUGGAGCCUCGUGAAGAAAUGCAGUUUAGGGUUUGAAACGAGGCUUGAGCUCCUCAUUUGGAAACACAAAUCUGUCUUUUCGACAAAAUCACACCAUCACGCUCAUGAUGUGUGACAAGUUCAGUGGCUUUCAGACCCGGUAUGUAGCCUGUAAUGUGUAACCAAAGGCAUGGAUGGAUGAAAUCCGAGACAUACAGUACAUUGGAAAAGUACAUUGCUAGUUUGAUUGCAAUGACGCUUAUCAAUAAUUAAUUUUCAUGUGGCGCCAAAUGGUAAUGUAAUUCGUGUUUAUAGAUAAAGAUGUUGUGUACUCCAUGGUUUUUGUGUUUUUUACAUAGACUGUAUAAAAAAUGAAUGUAGCAUUGGAGUGGCGGAGGUCACCGUCUUGGAAAAGCCAACUCAACCUCCUGAGCGCAGCUGUUUUUUUUAAACAAGAUUGUAAAUGUGUGUAAUUUUGCUCUAAAAGUUGCCUUUUUUGGCUGAGUGUGUACAUGUUUUCUACUGCCUCGAGUGGACACUCAGGGAUCUGCAGUUUUCAGCAAGACCAGAGCUUACUGAUUGAUUUAGGACUGGAACGAUUCCUUGAAUACCUGGAGUACCUCGAUUACAAAUAAUGAUCGAGGAAUUUUCUCUGCCUCGAGUACUCGUUUAUAAGCUCAAAUCGGAUUCUUUCGAAGGUGACACAACCACCUCCUUCACCACGGUAGAAGGAGGAGUAAGCACUGUUUAGGUUUUGUGGAGCUUUUCCUCUGCAGAGCUCCAGUAGCUCAUUAACACUUAGCCUCUGAGUCGUGGGUGGAGAUAGCGCUGCUUUGCACACUUCUUUUCACGCUAGCUUGUAGCCCAACAUUGCUGGUGUUGUCGCAGAAGCAGGUAACAUAGGAACUAUUCUGCUCUCUGACACUAAUGUCUUUAGGGGCAUGAUGAAAGUUAACAUCAUAAUUAGCUUUCUUGCGAGCAUCACAGUCCACUAACGCACAUGCUUCUUUGGCCCUCAUUGUGGGGCUAUAGGAAAUCUAACUUUAUGUGAGUCUGCGGUUUGGGUUCAAUUACUCGAGUAAUCAUUAGAAUAUUCGGUAGAAUACUUGAUUACUAAAAUAUUCGAUAGCUGCAGCUCUAGUUUGAUUGUAUCCCAUGUUGUAUGUUACAUUUUGUCAUUUUUCAUGGCUGCAGCAUUGGCGAAAAGCACAAGACAAAGAAACUUAGAAAGUAUUAUCUUGCUCAAGUUGCCUAUUGUCCAUCUUACCAUCUAAGAGCAGGAUUUGGAUCCUUUCUCUAAUGUAGAUAGGAGUACCGGCUUUAAGGUCCAAGAUGUUGGUGACUGGUGCAACAGUUUUACCACAGUGCCACCAGGCAGAUCUGGAUUUCUUUCUACCAGUUGGCUUGAUAUAAGUUUUCUCAGGCCUGUUUAGAUUUUAUCACUGUGUUUUGGGAGUUUUAACCAAUGAGGAUGAGUAUUUACUGUAAAGCUGGGCUAUAACAGUCUACUGAGGAGCCUGUUUGCAGUCCUGACACUCUUGUUAGUAUUCAAGAAGUCUUUAACGUGAGAAACGCCGUUGGGAGUUUCUCCACCUUUAAUCAGGAGUUUGAAUGAGCCAAAGUUUUCAUAAUUUCCAUUUUACAUUUGAAUUUUAAUUAAGGGUUGGGAUGAAAAUGUAUACAGUGUAUUCACCAUGAAAAGCGUUUGCACCUUAGACCUGCCCAACUCCAAACUGGAUAAAGACAAAGUUGGCAAUCAACUGGGAGCACAGCACAGUAUUCAGCUGCCAAAGAAAGGCCUGUUUCCUAAAACACCAGAGAAAUACUGAAGGUUAGUGGAUAUGGGACUGUGACCAGAAAUAUGGCUUCAAAUAAAUGCAAAUGUUCCUCCCACCAGUGUUUAAAUGCUUAAGGAGACUCAGAUAAAGAUGCAGUACUAAAAGUAAGGUUGGGUUUCAUCUCUUUCUCUGUCUUAUUAACUAGUUUCAAGCUAAUUUGUCAAAUUUAAACAUCCAGAAGUCAAUAGUGCCAUUUGAAUCCAUCACCCAUGUGUCUGUUUUUAGUUUUAUUUCGACUUAGCAGGUGUAUUCUUUGUGUUUCAGUCCAUCCCAUCAGCUCGUGUCACAGCGGCGACUCACAAACAAACUCUCUCCUCUCCAGAUCUGUCAGUUUUUAUCGGUCUGGGUCUGGUUUAUCUCAUCUGCAUGGAUAUCCUGUGAUCAUGCCUUUUAAAUUGCUGCCUGUGUUUGCCUUUUGUUCAUAAUUCAUAUUACCCAAAAACACAGCGUGCGCUCUUGUGCAUGAAUAAACAACAGGCUGUUGCAGCGCAUUGCAUUGAUCACUCAGCUAGUACGCGUGCUAGCCACAAACGGAAGUGCUCGCGUGGGAUUUCCGCCUUUGUGUCUCCCUGCAGCGGUUGUGGAUGCUGACCUUGGAGAGGGUUUUGUCCCUCUAAGAAUCCUGGCCCACUCCACGACAGCCCUUUUAUGAAUGGGCAGAUCCUUGAGCUGCAUGCCAAUGAAGCAGAAAGGGGAAAGGGAGAGAGCGAGAAAGAGGGGAGGCUAGCUGCUGCUGCUGCAGUGCACAGCAGCACUCCCAUAUUGUUUUGGACUGUGAGCUGCUGUACAGAGAGCAACUCGGAUCACAAGAUAAUAGCACAGCUGGAGAGGGCAGGGAAUCCAAACCAGAGGAUGGGGGCUGAAGUGGGUCUCCACUUUAAGAAAGCUGAUUAAAUAAAUGUCCCCAAAGAGUGUGUAGAUUUGGCUAACUACCCCAGCAUAGAUCCAUUUCUUCAUCAUAUUUGAACACGUGUUUUUAAAACAUGUAAAGACCUGUAAGGGGACUCAUUGUAUUCAUACUUUUUUAAAGAAAAAGUUGUUUAAGGUGCUCAAAACUCACACAAACUCAAAAUAACUGCUUAAAUAGGUACUUUGAAGCAUUAUAACUAGGGCCCGACCGAUUUAUCUGCGAGCUGAUUUAAUCGGCCAAUUUUAGCCCGUUUGAGACUAAUCGCUAAUCGGCCAAAUCUCGCCGAUUUCUGCCGAUAUUUUCAGCAAUAAAAUGCAGAGAAUAAGAUUCGGUUUUGCUUUGAAAAUGCUCCGCCAUUUGAAAAGUACCCCGACUUAUCCUGUAGAUGGCGCAGCGACCUCAUGACAAUCUUCAUCCACUAACUACCUCACAGCAGAGUGACGGAUCUGAAGCAGGCAGCUCAGGGACACACGGAGGAGAGUGGUCCACCUCAACGGUAAAUAAACCAGUUUGUGAAAUACACAAUAAGUCAACAAGUUUCAGUUCAACCCACUUCACGAUGUUCCCCGCUGUGCUGGUCUGGGGGGUAGUUAAGAAUGAUUUUCUGGUCUGAGUUUGAUCAGUCGGUUUUCCUGUCGGCGUGAAGAGCAGUAGCCUACAGUAUACCUACAAUAUAUAGUAUACUGUAGAUAUCUACAGUAUAUAAAUAUAUUUUUAUAACUUCAUAAAAAAAUUAAAAAAUUGGCUGAUUAAUCUGUAAUUGGAAUCUUUUCCCCCUAAUAAUUGGCAUUGGCCCCAAAAAAUCCAUAUCGGUCGGGCCCUAAUUAUAACUUCAACAUGUCACAUUUUAAUAUACAGUGCCUCCAAGGAUAAAAGCAUGAAGGGCUCUGCCAACUGAUUGCAAUAGAAAGAGACAAUUGUAUCGCGUCAACAGAGCUUUCAAAACGGGAUAGUCUGGUUUUUUGGAGUGUGGUUAUUUGAGAUUUUAGUCAAUAGUGAGCGAGCGAGACAAAGGAGAUGUUAGUCAGCUGGGCCUCUUUGUUGGAUGGAAACUAGACCAGCAACCAUUCUAGCUUAUUUUAACACACCGCUGCACACAUGACUAUUGAUGCAUGUGUUUGCCAAAAUUUGAGUGUUAGCCGUUGUUACGGCUGUGUGUUUGUUUUGCAUGUGUUUUUCCCCUUUUGUCUCUCCAUAGCUGCCCAGGUGAAAUCACUUGGUGCCAAUCAGACUCACCUGGUGCUGGGAGUCUAAAAGCCCAGAGCUGCCUGCAGUCUGGAGAGGCAUUUGGUGGGGAGCUGCUGCCCUGCUGCCUCUCAUUUGUGUUGUGGGUGCUUUGUGUUUAGUUUGCAAUUUUGUUGUUUUUUCACAAUAAAUCACGUGUUAAACUUUUGAAGGUGUUUUGGUUAAUUUGAUGGGUAAAAAGUUGAGGAUAGUUGUUAGCCCCAUAGGGCCGCCUUCAGGUGGGGCGUAACACCGUCAGAAAGCCCAUUAUUUUUCUCAAAGUAAAACAGUGCUGAACAAAUGGAAGAGAAACAAGACUAAAUGUGAUGCUUUCGAUCAAACUGUUAGCUUUUGUAGUGUUAUAACGCUGCACAUCUUCCUUUAUUUGUAAUUUAAAAACUGUCUUUUUUUAUUAUUAUUUUUGGAGUUAUGACUUAUUUUAAAGUCUUACAACAUGAAGACAAGAUGUUUUAUAUUUUGCCAUUUUUUGCCACUUUUUAUCCUGCACAUUGUUGCACAAAUUUGCUGCUACUUAUCGCAACUUUUGCAUAUAUUUUAUUAAAAAAUGGACUUAUACAGGUUUAUACUAUUUGUAUUAUAUCUUGUUAUUCUCGGUGACGUCAGAGAGGUGAAUUUGCAUUAUUUGAAGACAAGUGUAUGCUGAACCACAUAAAAAACCACACCUGCAUGAGUUAGGCCCCCGAGCUGGGCCACCUGGGUCCAAAGUCUUAGACACACCCCUGUUGAGCCAAAGUAAAAAGCUCACUCUAAGUUUAUAAUAACAACAUGGUUUCAGUUUUAAAUGAUUAUACACUUAUUAACUAAACAUACUAUCAAGUCUGUGUAAUCACACACUGUACCUUUAAGAUUUCCCCCUAAUAACCAAAAAUGACCCUUUACAACUGCCUCAGUCUUACAGUAACCUCACUGGAGAGUUUUAUAAUGUCCUGAUAGUGUGAAAAUUAAAAAAAAAAGGUUUGUUGCCCUGAAGCAGACCAACACACUCUUCAUUGUGCUCAAAUCGCAUCCUAAAAUAAAGUCCCCUCCCUGAAGAUGAAUAGCCAAGCUGUUCUCCUGUUUGCAGCACCAGAACAACCAGAAUUUAAUUAGAGUAAAAACAUCCAUUACUUUGGCUUCAUAAUUGUGAGAAAAUGAAGAUGUUGCAAGCAGGAUGUUGUUAUUAUUAUUUUUUUUCCUGUGAAACACCUAAGGGUCAGACUAAUACCUCCAUUCAUUUAUGGGCAUGACAUCAAUUAGUCUAACAGUCCUGUUGUCUGCAUAGGUAUUUGAAUGGAUUAUCUUUACAGGGCCAGCCUGAAUGCAUAUCCAUGCUGUUGUGUGCUUUAUUGACUUUCAGUGUUUAACUAAUGCAGACAAUGCAGGAGCAGAGAGGAGGUUUUUUUUAUGCUUUUGUUUACCGGGUAACUCGCACAUUCGUCCCGGCAAAACUGCUGACCUAGUAACUCAAAUAUCCUUUUCUUCCUGCCUCUAUAUGAUCACAUUCAAAUUCAGCUUGGAGCUAAUGGGAUUACCUGACUCCCCCUUUUGGUCCCUGAGAAAAGACACCCCGCUCUACCUGCAUGUGUCCUUUGCAGGAGCUUUUAUUUUUUCAAAUCAGGUCUGCAUGUAUACAGUGGACUAGGUAAAAGGUUAGGUUUGGAUCUCUGUUAAGCUCUGUGUGGCCCAUUAGGAUGAUUGAGGUUUGUCCUGUUAAAUGAAUUGUCAGCACUGGGCAUGAGUCUUGUUUAUGAGGGCUGCAGUUAGCUGAACAGAAGUAUCUCUUCAUGGGUUAAAUAAAUAACCUUGAUCAUUGCAUAAUGAGUUGAUGGCGUUUGACAGUAAAACACCUCUGGAAAUACUAAAACCAAACUGACCAGAAGAAAAAAAAUCAAUUUCAAGUGGGGGCAGAUGGCUCCCCCUCAAGGAUUUUGGUCCUUCUCAGGUUUUCUGCCACUUUUGGUGCCUCAUACAACCUGUCAAGUCAUUGAAAAAAACAGUUAUUCAUUCACAGCCACCUGAAUGAAGCUCUGAGUUUCAAUGUUAUUGUCCUGCUGAGGCUCAGUCUGGUUUACCGCCGGUGCCAAAAAUGAUGCAUCAAUAAAGCUUUUAGGAGGGUUUAAAGAAAUAUUGAACUGAAUGACUCAGUCGUAUAAAAGUGUUGUUCUGAAUGGUGGGAUGCUCAGGAAGCGACUACUCCAUGAUCUAAGUCUGCGGUUCAAAUAAGUUCCUACAAGUAAACAGCUGAUCACUGUCGAUUUUAGCUUCCACUACUCAAACAGGGAUCAAGAGUGCUUUUGCUGGGGACUAUUUUCAGUUGCGAAUUAAUCCAUAUUAAUCCACAUUUGUGUUCUUGUUCUUGUGUUAAGUCUCGCUGGCAUCAGGGCAGCGUUUGUGGGAUUGAGUCAGUAUAAACUACAGUGUGUGUUCAACAUUUGGACAAUAUCUCUUAAUGCAACAUUGUAGCUCAGAAUUGCCGAAUUCUCUCUGAAGACGGAGCAGAACGAUGAGAUGUAUCAGGAAGUCCUGUCUGCACUUUUCAGGGGAGCAGCAGUAAGAGGAACUAUAGAUAGUGUAACUAUAAGGUGAAAACAGAGCCGGCCCUAGGCAUAAGUAAACAAAGCACCUGCUUAGGGCCCUGCGGCCAGUAGGGGGCUCCCAAGAGCAAUCAAAAUAAUAAUAGUAAUAAUGAUAUUUUUUAUUUUUUGCAUGUAUGAGUGAUGCUUUCUGUAUGUUCAAAUUUGUAAAAAUAAAAUAACGUAAAAACAUUUUAGUGCUGCUGCUGAUGUAAGGUCCUUACACACUGGGAACGACGCAAAUAUACAACGCAAAAUUACGAAAUAUACGGAGGUGAAUUUUGACGCGCCUGACUAUACACAUCAAGCGCGAUGUGAUUUUGCUGGAAAAAAGACGCGUCCCGGGUGGAAGCGAGAAGACUGACACAACAGCAGACUGACUGUUUUUCAGUUCUGAUUAGACACUAGUGUUGAGAUGUCUGUCUGUCAUGAUAGCAUGUACUGAGUCGGGGCCAGUACCAGAUAAGCACAUUAAACUAUAAUCCAUAAACAUAAGGUAACAACCAAGACCUAAUGGUGCUGUGACAGCAAAGUGCUGUGAGUUUGAGACAGUGAAAAUACAUAUGGUAUGUUGUAUCUGAACACGUUAGCUUACAAGCUAAAGUUACUUAGCACAGAUGAAAGUUAAAACAAAGACGUUUAGCAAACUGUUAAAGCACACAAACCAUCGUCAUGUGAGAAAUCUGACACUAUGACUCUCCACAAGUUGUCCUUCAGGUCGUUAUCUUUGUAAUGUUUGUGUCUUUUAUCAAAAAGCACUCUGUUCUCCGACACGUAAACAAUCAGCCGGUUGUCCAUGUUGGAUAUACCGGUGAAUCUGACGUUGCAACAACACGCAAUCUGAUUGGUCAGAAGUGGACACACAGUAUGCGAAACUUUAGAAAAUUCGUCCGCAAUAUGAAAAAAUAAAUGAAAAAUAUCACAGGACGAGAAAAUGACGCUGUUGUGAACACCUGUAUUGACGGGAUACGGCUUCAAAAAAAAAUAUUGACGUCCGAAAAUAAUCGCAGAAAAAAACGCAUCCAGUGUGAAAGGACCUGUAGGUCUACGAUUCUUAGUGCCGAUAUGUCAAAGCUAGGCUACCGUUAUGUGCGUCCUGCUGUGCAAUGUGCGCUGAGCAUCCUGAAAGUGCUACAUUUUGAGAUUAAAAACCAUAUGUGGCACCCUGAACAUCAUUCAUCAGUCAUUCAUUGGUAUUAUUUGUAUGGUUGCAUUGGUAUUAUUUAUGUUAUUACCAAGGCCACCCCCUUAAAUGUGUAAAGACAUUUUGUACUGUCGUAGAUGUGUGAAUGAUCAACAAUCAAUAUUAUCAGCAGAAAUAGAGGGCCCCAAAAUCAAAUUUUGCUUAGGGCCCCAUUAAGGCUUGGGUCGGCUCUGGGUUAAAAGUACGAUUCAUGUGGUUCUGAACUUUUGAAACAUGGUUUUGCGUUGAAUAAAGUCGAUCAUAAUAAUGAUACUUGCACAGAGCAUGCCAGAAACAACACUUUUCCUGUUUAAAAUGUAUUAAUUUUGGCGUUUUUUAAUCAGUUUCUUAAAUUUUAAUCAUAAUGUAAUUGCUCCACACAGAUGUUCAGAGAGGGAAAGUCUUUGGCAAAGGAUAUACAAAUAUUUUCCCUGGACUUGCGCCAUAAUUUGACAAAACGUCUCAGUAUCAGCGCUCCUAUAGGUUUCUGUGGUGAUCUCUCUAAGAGCUGCUCCAUUUAGCAGAGGAGAUAGAGGAUGCUGAGCAAUUGUCACAGCCACCUGCUCCACCCACAGUCCUGACUCUGCUCCUCCCUGACCUCUCCUCCAAAUCCUCACAUCUGAUCCGCCAAGUGGCCACCUGAGUUGAGAGCCGCUCAGCCGUCACCCCCGAGGUGUUCAUCUCUGCUGUAAGAGUGGAUGUUAAAUCCUGAUCUGGAUCUAAUUUCUCAUGUUUGCUCUUUGACACUUACAAACGGCCCUAAAACGCCCCAGAGGGGUAUCGGAAAAGUCUUCUCAGAGUGACUGGAGGAGUCUGGUUUUUCAAGGCCGUGAUGUUGACUGCGGAGACGGGGGUGGGGGAGUGGAAGAGGAGGAGGAGGAGGAGGAGGAAGAAGAGGAGGAGGGGGGAUGUAUCAUCGCAGGGGCUUGUGGGCGGAAUGGGAGGCCUCUUGGCUGUUUAACUUCAAUUUUGUCCUUGUAUAUUAAUCACACAUUCCUGGACGGCUUCACUUGUUGGGUAUCUGUUACAGUAUAUAUCAGAGCUCUACAUAACAGGGGUUUGCUUAGAGUGAGUUUAGCUGACCUUUUCUUUUUAAAAGCAUCCAUGCUUUACUUGAAUGCUCGUGACAUAAAUAAUAUAACUGAUGCAAAGCUGAUACAGAUGCUUUCCUGGCUGAGAUUUGCACACUUUCACCUCUGUGUGGUUCUCAGGUGGAUGAUAGUGUCGCUCUCUCUCUGUCAUGAUAUGUUUUGUUCAUUUGGUUUUCUCAUGGUUUUGUUAUUUGAGUGCUUGUCUUGUGAGUUUUCAGUUUGCGUUUGACUCCGUUUCCCUCAUGUUCUCUGUGUUUUAUUCUUUAGAUCAGAUUUCAGUGUUUCCUGUUUUAUUUUGUAGUACUCCACCCUUGUGUUUCUUGUCUUGAUUUACCUUUUCAGGCUGUUUUUGAAUUCGCCUAGCAGUACGUACUGAUUUGCCCAGAAUUUAGUAUGCACUAGCUGAACAAAAAUCCCCGGAUGACGUACUGAUUAAGGACAAUUUCGCAGUAUGCAUCGGACCAGUCUGCUUCGCCUACUGUUACCCACAAUGCAAAGCGCCUGGGCACAGGCCGGAAUAGCAGAGAGCGGCGAAACUUUUCACCUGAGCAUUCAUUUUUUAAGAGGACGGCCAAAAGAUUUCUCCUUCUGACAGCCUGUCUUCUCCUCCUUCUUUCAGCAUUAUGUGUGCAAACCACUGACAAGAAUGCAAUGUUUUGUUACCAUAUCGUACAGUUUUUAUCCUCUAUUUCCAUCACCUAAAAUUUUCCCACUUCUCCUCAUACUUUAUACUGUACAGAACGCGUGAUGUUUACCACACACAGCACGUGCCAUCAGCGAUGUUUACAUCACACAGCUGGACAGGCAGCUGGCAUUAGAGGGUGUCAAAAGCUUUAAUGCAGAAAGGUGAGUAAACGUUAAAGCAGUCUGACUCAAUCAUCAGCCAAGACGAUAUUUGAUAUAAACUGACAGGAGACAGGAGUUUGUGUUAGAGUGUUUUAACUUUGUCAAACUAUUGGGACGAGGGGAAUAAGACCCCAUCACGCAGACGCCAUCAGUUAACACGUUUAGUGAGGAUUGCAACUUCUUUCAUUUAAGUGAAACGAGGACAACGUAUUUACAGUGCCGUGAUGAGAAUCAAAUGCCGCCAGAUCGACAAGUCAUUGCAUAGACAGAAAACGUUUUGAUGGCUGGUAUUGGGCUAAAAAAAUCCCCCAAAAAUCAAUUAAAACACAUAAAAGAUUUUAUUUUAGUGCGUAAAUGAAUGGGCAACAGUGUAGUGUUUUCCAGCUAAACCAGGCCAAGCAUACUACAUAAUAACUGCCGACUUGCGGUCAUACUGCAUACUAAUAUCGAACACAGUACUCAGUAUCUACUGCAUACUGCGGUCAGCAGGAGUAUGCAGUAGGCCAAUUCAAAAACAGCCUCAGUUUUCCCUCCUCUGUAAUUAUCUGCACCUCUGUCUCGUUAGACUCACCUGCCUCUUGUUGCUCGUUUCCCUCUGUGUUUGUAUAUAUAGUCCCUGUCUUCCUCUGUUCUUGUUGGUUCAUUGUGUGUGAGUUUGUCGGUCAGUGUGUGUCAGUCAUGAAUCCUUUGUCUCUUUGUGUUUUUUUUUUUUUUUGCCCCCAGUGACUUUUGUUGGAUUUUUUUAAUUGGACAUUUUGAAGAUUUUUUUCCCCCAUCAUUUAGUUCUUUUUAAACAAAUCCUUGGUUCCACAUUUUUGGGUCCCCUUCACUUCCUUAACUUUAACUUCCAACUUUCAACUUAAUUGUCCCUAAAGGGAAAUUCAUGUUGCAGAAAAGCAAAAAACACAGAACAUAUGGAGCACAUCCACACAAACUAGUGAUGGGCACAGCAGUUCUUUUAGAUGGACUGAAUCACUAGAAUCAGUUCACUAAAAAGAUUUGUUUAAAAGAUUCGUUCACCGAAUCACUGAACUGAUACACAGCUGAACGGUUCAGGGUUCAGUUCAGUUCAGACUCACUGAUUCUGGGACCAGGAGAUGAGAGUGUUGUGGCUGAGUUGCUUUUGUAAAAGUGAACUUGUCUAUAAACCAUGACGUUUUAAGUGUACUGUCCAUUGGUGUGCUAUUUAUCUGGUCUACUCUGUAAAUUUGGCUUAGUGAGUGAUUCAUUCACUGAACGUUUACCCCACAGCUCAUUCAGUGAAGAAUGAAACUGUGGGUUUUAUACACUACCUAUUACAUGCUGUGUUCUGCUGUACACAAGCUGUUGUGGCGGCAAUUUAGCAGAGUUAACAAAAUAAAAAGUUAGUUUUCUCUGAGAUACACUGGAACACGACACACCCCUGUCUCCCUCUGUCGCUCCUGUCAAGAGCUUGCUACAGCUGGUGAGUCCCACUCUCGUUUUAAGUUUGUUUAAUUGGGAACUAAAAGUGUCAAAACAACAGGGAACAACAGUCGCCAUGAAAGUAUAUCCCUCAGACAAAAAUGCUUCCAGAGAGUAUAGUUCUCUGGAAUCAUUGGUCAGACCUUGAUCAGCAGCGGAAGUGAUUCGGUUCAAUACGUUCACUUUAAAGUUUCGGUUCUUUUGAACGAAUCAUUUGCGAACGACACAACACUAACAACAAACCCUACACAACAUUGAAAUGGCAAACUGGGAGCUGUUCCAUACAGUCGAGGAAAUAUAUAAAUAAAUAAGUGAAGUGUAUCAUAACUGUUUAGAAUUUGAAUUAAGUUGGGUAAUGUUUAACCCCGGACUGUGACACUCUCCAGCGUGACUGCUCACGCUAAUAGUCACAUAAGUGCAGCAGUUUUCACCGCCGUUAUCUGCCCUCCAUCUCCCAUUAAGUGACCUUUCACAUCAGCACUCUCUGCCGGGCUAAUAACCAAUAUGCUGAUUGCUCUCAGCCCUCGUCAUAUAAGCUAGACUGACAUUUUGUUUUAACAGUAUAUACAGUACGGUUUAAGUGCUGACUUGGCAAUGGAUCAAAACCCAGUGUGGGAUCCUCGCUGUCAUAUCAUGGAGCUCAGGGUGCAGACCGGCUGUCUAAAGAGUGAGGAGAGAGAGCGUGUUCAUGGCAGAGUAACCCAGUAAUCAACCCAAACAUGUCAAUAAUGGAUGAAUGGGUGUUUACAGUGCUGUUGUACACUGAGGAGAGUGUGUAGCAUGAACAGCAGCAGAGCUAAGUUCGGCUUGUUUGGGAUUUUUUGUGUGAAAGUCCGGCCUCAGCGUUUGCCCGGCUUAGUUUUAUCACGCAGCGACAUCUCAGAGGGUGGUGUUCAGUCAAUAUGUCCCAGGCUUAGGUCGGGCCUCCUGCAGUCAGCAGCCUCUGCAUCAAUACAGAAAGCAGAGCCACCCUGACCUAUACAGCAACCUCCCAGAGCUUUGAGCUGAAAAUGAAUUCUUUAAACCUCUGGAAAGGAGAGCUGCAAGGCUGGACCCGAGCCAAACGGGGGGUACUGCCACCAGAGCGGGGCUUAAUCCACCAAACAUAAAACCAAAACCUUAAAGACAACCAUAACUAAAUUCAUAUCGAGAUUGUUUUCAUCCCCCACACACGCACACACAAACCAGAUUGAAAGCUGAUUCCUAGAUCUACCUGUUUUGUAACUGAUUCAUGCUAAACCAGGCUGAAAACAAAUCCGGCCAUACACAUUCAUGACCAUGUUUUCUGGGAACUGAUCUACCAAACAUGGUUCAGGGAAACGGAUGCCAUCUUCGUCUCUGUGUCCUGAUAGGUGGAUUCACCCGACCGGUCAGACCUUGAUGCUCUGGCGCCCCAUAUUGGUGAGCUCUGCAGGGCAUUUCCAGCUAAAAGGUUCAGGGUUUCUGGAAGCCUCUGGACAUCUGUCAAUAGUAUGGAUGGAUCUCUAACAUGUCAGGAAAAGAAUGUGCGACUUCAUGCUGUGUGUGGAUCAAAACAAAGCUCAUGAAUAAAGCGGUGGAGCCUCUAAUAAUUGAAGAAAACACACAAUGACAUGCUGGAUUAUUCAACAAAAUAAAAGCCAGAUUGAGCUCGUGUAAAAGCUUUACCGUAAUGUAAGAGGAGCACCAGCAUUUAAAGCCAGCCAAUACCAUCGAUUGAUCACUAAUCAGUUCUUCUCUUUACUGUUCCAACCUUUAAACAUUGUCUUCUGGACAGUGCCAUGCUCUCAGCACUUAUCCUGUCUCUAUCUGUGUUAUUUAGUCGUAUUCACGGCAAUUUGUGCAAACAGAAGAGUCCUGAUUAGUGUCAUAAUCCAGAGAUUUGAUUCAAAGUGACUACUUGAGGAAAACAUUUCAGACAAGGCGCUCCAGAGCCGAGGGAGCGCCGGAAGUUUUAUAACCGCUCUGACCAAAAAAAAUAAAAACUUGAUUGAAUCAUUUUUGAAGCUUAUAAAAAUGGAGCUGUUUCCCAUUAAGGUGGAAUGAGAGGCACUGUUUCAGUCAGAAUGAAAGUAUGUGAUAAAAUGAGUAUUUUAUGAAGUGAAUUUUGUUUUAACAGUCCUGUUCGAGAGGUUACAUGGCUGGUGUAAUAAAACUGCCUUGAAUUACCUGCGAAACAUUACCUCAGAGCAACAUUUAAAGAGAGACAUCCUCAUUUUAGAUUGUGUGAUAUAUUUAUUGGCAUCAUGCUGCACGUAGGAUAAAAUAUGAAGCCAAAACGACUGGAAACAAGGAGGAUUUUGGUUGUUAUCUAAAUUUUAGUACAGUUAAGCCUCCGACACAUUGCACUGAGUUAUACUAUUUUACUGAGAUGCACCAAUAACACUAAAAGACAACAUUUGAGGACUCCUGUGUCUAUAACAUAGACUGUAUAUAAAGUAGACGCUGUCUGCCUCCUCACUGGGUGAAGCCACCCCCAGAACAGCACCCUCUGGUGACGGGCUGCAGUAUAGGUCAUAAAUCCCGACUCCUCCAGCAAUCCCUAUAGAGCUGUGAACAAACUUUAGAAAUUUAUUACACAGAAUAUACAUUUUUCCUCCCCACUGCUUGUGAUAGUGACAUGUAGCUACUUUAAGACUGGUUUGCGCUUAAAGGUCCUUUCACACCGGGAGCGUUUUUUUCGUGCGAUUAUUUCGGACGUCAAUAUUUUUUUCCGAACCCGUAUCCUGUCAAUACAAGCGUUCACAUCAGCGACGUUUUCCCGUCCUGCAUUUAUUUUUUCGGCUCAUGGUUGAUUUUUCUAAAGUUUCGCAUAUUGAGUGUCCACUUCUGACCAAUUAGAUUGCAUGUUGUUGUGAAUGAGGCGGGACUUUCUCCAGGAAAAGUCUUCCCCGGGAUGCGUCUUUUCCCCCCCAGGAGUCGCAAAAUCGCAUCGGGCUUGAUGUGUAUAGUCAGGCGCGUCAAAAUCCGCCUCCGAAUAUUUCAUAAUUUCGCGUUCUAUAUUCGCGUCAGCCCCAGUGUGUAAGGACCUUUCGUCCUCUUUAUUCCUUAUAGCUCCAUUUUUAGCUCAGCUGUCUUGGCUUUUAGCUUCUCGCUAACAUGUGUUAGCUUGGCACACAUAGCCUCCAGGCUAAGCAGGCGACCAUCUACCGAGUCCACAGUAGUCUCCAGAGAGGCGGUGGGUUGGCCGUGGCUGGACACAAUCGUUUGGACGAGGUGUUGAGAAUGGUAUCUAAAACUCCGAAGCUAGCUCGGCCUUGUGGCGUUCUAUAAGGCUUGUUAGCGUUGUCAUGCUAUGCUUGUUAGCAGCUUCAGCAUUCGGGGGUAUAGAGUCUUUUUUGUUUUGUUUUGUUUUGUUUUGCUUUCUUACCUGCCAUUUUCAAGUGGAUCGUGGUGCUGUUGUCUUCCUGCGAUGCUGUUUCGGGCAGUAAGAGGUGGAGAGAGGACUUGAAAAAUUAAAAAAUAAAAAAGAGUGUGGGAGAGCAGGAAUGAAGCGUUUACUCUGCGUCCGCCACGACUGGAAGUCCAUUUUUAAAAGUUAUGAGGGGGUUUAUGUUUUCUAUGAUUGACACGUGAUACCGCCUAGGGGUAUAUGAAGAUUGCAUAGCUCACCCAGGGGAUACCCUGUUUGAGCCGAGCGUCAUCACAGCGACUCUCCCAUCGGAUGCGUACAACGCUACUGCGCAAUGUUGGUUUGAGGAAGCAGAGAUAAAUCGUCGAAAUACCAAGAUAUUUUUGGCUUCAAAUCCAUAUUCUAGCAGCAGGCAGAACCAAGUUGUCCACAGUAUAUACAGUCUAUGGUCUAUAAUAACUUACUUGCUUUUAUUUUCUACACUCCUACACCUUUAUUUCCCCCCCUCCCAUAAUUUAAAACCUUUGUCUAAUUCGAUCUUAAUUUCGAAGCACAUUGAGAUGCGAAACCUAUCUUGGACUACAACCAGCUAAUCCUCAAACAUGCGUCACGCUGAGAAAUCUCGCCCACUCAGGUUACCUGAGUCAAGUUUAUUUACAAAGCCCCAAACUUGAACGUCUAUCCCAAAGGAAAUUAUGCUGAUUACAUGCAGCAUCAUUGUGUUUUGUUGAGUCCCUCGUGUUUUAAAAAAGUGUCGAACCACGCUACAAACAGUGAAUGGUACAACGUUGGAGGUUAAUUACAGGAUGUAAAUUCGUGAAUGGUUCUGCAUAAAUAGGGAGGAGGUAGUUAAAGGGUUGGGUUUGUAUCUCUAUAGUAGAGGGCUUUUUCUGUUCCCUGUUUUCAGGUCACUAAGCUAAACAGUUUCAAGGUUUCAUUCAUCUUAUCAAAACCUACAGCUUGGACUGAGCUCCCCCUCCAGUUUCCAACCCCUCAGGCCACUUCUUUCAAGGGUGCCAAACAGAAACGAACCUGGCACAAGAGCUCAGUCAAACCUAUAGUCAGACUCUGCAGCUCCCUGUUUUCUGAGCGCUCUUUGGUAAAAGGACGUUCAAACCGGGGUUGCACUGAAAUUGCAAACCGUCUAAUUUGAUGAGGACGCUCUGCCUCCGAGUGUCAUUUUCCAGACGCACACACACAGCGCCUGGAUCCGUUACAUCACCAGGGAAUGGGAUGUAAUAAGUACGGACAUCAAUGCAGGAAGACAGACACCAGUAUGCAUCCCUGUCCUGCUGGAUUAUGCAAGGGUUGCGUCACUGACCUAAGGCAGCCGCUGAGAUUUGAGUUGUGGGUGCAUCAAAGUACCAUCAAGUAAAUUUUGUCUGGAUUGGCAGUAUUUCUUUCAUGUCUUGUGUUUCAUUUAUAUAAAUAUAUAUAUUAAAAAAACACUUAAUUUUCGGAUCCCUGACCUGAGAAGGAGGGCUCACCAAACCCAUCAAAAAAACCUGUCUGCUCUUGCAUAUCUGCACACUCAGUCCAAAACAAUGCGACACAAAUAUCAUCAAACAAACAAACACAUCUGGAAAUAGCCCUGGUAGUGAGAAAGAGGCUCCCUCCUCAACCCCAGCCAUAAUUUGUGUUAGUGGUAAUGAUCUGUGUCAUUCAGCUCCUAACUGGGAUCUCACUCUGCAGCUGACUCAUACGCUUUUUAUAGCCGUCUCUGUCAUUCCACUUUAUAGCUGCUGCUGUGCGUGUGUGUGUGUGUGUGUCUGCUCGUGCAUCAACACCUUUCUGCUGAGAUGACAGAGUGUUGAUACUUUAUUUUAUAUUUACUUAAACUUUUUUUUAUGUACCUGGAGCUGUAAUCAACACAAGUUGCUUUGCACUUGUUCAGGGACAGACUAGUACUGGCUGAGCUGUGAAACAGGACACAGGCGCCUUAAAAUGACAUGUUUUUGUAGACAUGAGGAUGAAACUGGACAGAGCGGAGAGUUAUAUAAUGUUGAAUGCAUGGAUAGCAUUGUGCAUACCCUCAAAAUUAAGACCUUCAUUUAGGAGAAAAGUAUCACCCAAUUAAAAUAAUGACCUAAGUCCAUUUUUGACGAAAAUGAGUUUUUGGCCUAAAUCAUCUUUUGAUGAUGCUGCAUGUAGGAUAAAAUAUGAAGCCAAAACAACUGGAAACAAGGAGGAUUUUGGUUGUUAUCCAAAUUUUAGUACAGUUAAACCUCCGACACAUUAUUCUGUAUUACUGUGACGCACUGGGUAAAGCCACCCCAAGAACAGCAGCCUCUGGUGACAGGCUGCAGUAUAGGUUAUAAACCCUGCCUCCUCCAGCAAUCCCUAUGGAGUUGUACACAAGCUUUUGCGAUGCUGACAUGUAGUUACAGUAAGACUGGUUUGUGUUCAAGUCCUCUUAUUUCUGUAAAGCUCCAAUUUUAGGUCAGCUGUCUUGGCUUUCAGCUUCUUGCUAACCAGUGUUAGCUUAGCACACGUAGCCUCCAGGCUAAGCAGGCGACCAUCUACCGUGUUCCGCAUUAGUCUCCAGAGAGGCGAUGGUUUGGCCGUGGCUGGACACAGUGGUUUGGACGAGGUCUAUUUCGGCCUCCAGUCAGUGUUGUUUUUGUUGACGAUGAUGUUGGGGAAAUAUUUCGUCAACGUCAUCGUCAACGAAAACAACCAAAUAUUUCGUCAACGUUGAUGAGCUAAACAUAAGUCUUAGAUGACUGAAAUGUGACGAGACCAAUGUGCGUUUACUAGAUGAAAACGUUAGUGGUGGACGAUGAACAGAGUUGCAAAAUUCAUGAGCAUUUUGUCAGUCAAACACUAAACAUAUUCUGCAGUGUUGUUUUCGUUAACGAUGACGUUGACGAAAUAUUUUCGUCAUCAUCAACGAAAACAACACUGCCUCCAGUGCUAAGAAGGAUAUCUUAAACUCUAAAUCAUCUUUUUUCUUGGGAUGAUUUAGAGAUGAUUUAGGCCAAAAACUCCUUUUCUUCAAAAAAUGACUUAGGCCAUUAUUUUAAUUGGGUGACAAUAUCUGAACUGAGCUUGCCAGCAGAGGGCGCUGCUUUUGCAACCUAAUUCAGCUAAUACAGUAAUGUUAUUCCAUGAAAACAGGACUCCCUAUGAACCCUGCUGACGUCGUUCUAUGUCUGCUGGAUGUGUGAAUGGACAGAUGAUCGCAGACACAUUUGCCAUAAAUAUUUUACAGCAUAAUACUGUCAUGUUGUAAAAAUUUUACAGCGCUCUUUAGUGUGGUGGCAAGCGCUUCUUGUGCUCCGUUUGAGUGGAGGAGAAAAAUUAAAAGCAACAGCACUGGGACUUUUGGGAUAACAUGUGGCAACAGUUGAAAACAGACAUGACUCUGUCGUGGAAAUCACCACAUUAAUAAUCUACAUAAAUGAAGUUCUUCUUUUGCUUUGCUGUAGAAAAUAAAUCAAACAAAAGAAGCAGCUGUUUUUAACAAUAAAUAGGUUAAGUGUUUAUUGGGACAGUUCUGGUUAUAAUUGAAUGUAUCUUGUGCAGUUUUGAGGCUGCAGAUGCUGUGUCUGUUCGUCUGCUGCUGUUUUCACACUGCUGAAUGGAAAUCGAGUGAGUGUGUAUAUCCCUUUGCGGCUCAGUGGUUUCUCUCGCAGGCGAGCUCUCCCACAGUCCUCUCUGUGUCAGAUGACAGGCAUGUGAAUGGCCGCGUUGAGGGGAAGCCCUGCGCCGGGGCGAAGCAGAAUGGAGGAAGAGCCCUCUUAGCAUGUCAGAUUUUUACAAGAGCUGUCAGCCUGAGACGGUCUGAGCUGCAGGAUCCUGCAGGAAUGACCAAAAAUGACCCGUUUUUACAGCAGAGGAGUCACAGUGGGAUGUAUUAUCCAUCUGAGCGUUUCUGUGGAUUCCUAUGAAGAGUGCACCGUCUGUAGUAUUAAACAAGGGUCAUCUGGUUACAUCAUAAACAUGAGAUUUCUCUCUCUGGGGUUGCUAAUUUAUAUGACAUUCAGCACCAAAAUAGCUCAGUAAUGCUUUUCAUCCUUUUAGUUGUAUUGCGGAUUGCUACCUGCUGCUUGCAACAUCAGUACAUUAUGAAAUAGUGUGCCCUCCCUACACAAAUACACACACACUUAAACACACACUCACACACUCCCCGUGGAGACGUGCUCCGUCCACUAUUUGAUUUGAGAACAUUGUUCACUCUCAGAUUGAUUGAUGACAGCGUGACAGCGCACAGGCAGAAACACCCCCCUGAAGGCCUCGGAUGCUCUUUUCUUACUCUGCGUCGAUAACUUUAUGUGCCAGGCAGGAACAUGAGCUAAAAUAUUGAAAUUCAGUGAAAAUUGAAUUAUUACUUGACGGCUUAGCAAAACACAUGUACUGUACAUCCGCAGAAGCCUUUUUUUAGGGAUCUAUAAGAAGAUCUGAACAUCAAAUUCUCUGCCUGAGAAAACUGAUUGUUAAUAUUGAAAAGGAUUGUGCAGCUUUUACAGCAACUAAACCAAAUCGAAUUCAUUGCCUGAGCUUCGCAUGUGCAGAGGGGUUGCACCUUUGCAGGAUUUUGUCUGUUUACACUUACAAUGACUUAAAGCUCCAGUGGGGAACUCUCAAUUUGGGUCAGUUUUGGUGCCAAAUUAGUUUUUGCUUAACAUUACCCCCUCGCUCCAGUUUAAGGCAUUAAAAACUAACUAAUGAGUCUUGUUUGUUUUUGUAUAUGGUGAUGGCUGGUGAUGAUGGUGCUGGUAAUUUGAUUAGUAGCGGACUGCUAAACCCCAUUUCCUGUUCAAACCCACUCUUUGCUUGUUGUUUUUGAUUGUGGAGAUGUUUGGAAAAUGCUCUUCUUACAUUGUGACACUUAGAGCUUUGAGUUUUGAGUGUUCAUUCAUAGUCCACCAACACUUGAAAUGGCUAAUAGUUGUUGCUGAUGAGAGGCGCAGCUGAACUGUCACUCUAGCUAGUUAUAGGGCUGAGUGUGCGCCGUUCAAAUGUCAGAUGGAACAUAGCUGAAAAUCAGCUUUUUAAAGAUACAGUGAGUAAAAUAUUUUUAGAGUAGGCUGAAAUUCAUAUUGAUGCUUUUUAUGAUACCCAAAAACAAACGAGUAUUAGGAAGUAUUAGGACUCAUGAUUUUAUCACGACAUUAUCCUCGUAACUACUUUAUUACGACUUUACUCUCGUAAGAAAUGAUUUUAUUACGACUUUCUUCUCAUAAGUAAUAAUUUUAUGAACCUUAUUCCCGUAAGUAAUUAUUUUACAACGACUUUAUUCUCGUAAUACCGAGGUCUAAAAUUUUUUCUUUUCUUAAUGUGGCCCUAACGCUCCGUCGUAAACAAGUGACAAAAUUCAUAUUUUUUUGUUGUUAUUGUAAUCUGGUGAAAAAAUACACAAUUCUUUGAGUUUCUAUGUAAAAUAUUCUCAGUAAAUAAUAAAUGCAUUUAUAAAAAGUCAGCAGAAUGAGUUUUUUUGUCAAAAAAAGACUGACUAUUUAAAGGAUAUACCGUAUUUUUCGCACUAUAAGGCGCACUUUGAAUUCUUUUGGCUUGUCGGAGAACUGCAGCCACCGUAGCCUCGCGGAGUUAUUGAAUGAGUUAAAUAAAGUUUGAGUUAUCUGACUGUUUUGUUUGGCUUAAUGCGCUUUAUAAACCGGUGCGCCUUAUGUAUGAAAAUAGACGCAAAUAGACGCGUUCAUUGAUGGUGCGCCUUAUAGUGCGAAAAAUACAGUAAUAAGCAAUGAGUGCUUUAACCACAGGGGGCGCCAAGAUCGAAUCAAUUUAAAACUUGCCUUAUGUUUAGUUUAUGUUCUCCAAAUUUGAGGAGAGUCAGAAUUCAAGUUCACAGUUUAAAACACCUGCUGCAUUUCUAAUUCAGAGUAGGACUCUGUAGCAAGGUCCGAGGUUUUUGAUGUGGUUCUGGUUGGAAAGAUGUCAAGGUCUGAGGUUAAUGAGCGAAAACACACACUGCAAAAAAUAAAGUUCUUUCCCUCUUAAGUUCUGGGCGGUGUGCUCUGCUUCAGCCUCGGACUAACAAAGAGGACUGCACGCUUCAGAAAACUCAGAAACAGUCCAUCACUGGUUUUACAGACUGUGUCUUAUAUAAUAGUAAUCAGUGUGGUGAAAUUCAGAUGCCAGCACUGCUGACACUUAUCUGCCAAAGCGUCAGCGUUUGAAUCUUAAUUUUCAAAUGUUAUUUUUAGGCUUCAAAAGAUCUGCAUGUUAGCACUGGCAGAAAAUGUCUUAUUGGCAUAUUUUACAUCUCUGUUAAUGUAAAUCUCUAAAAGCUCCAGAGCAAGUUAUCUUUGAUUUGAUCCCUGGAUUUUCAAAUCAAGUGUUCCCCCGAGUGAAAGCCUCAAAUGAGGGUGAAAUAGUGUGUGUUAGAAAGGCCUCAGUGCCAGCUUGGUGUCUCAGUGCAUUGUUUGAAGCAGACUUAAGCUGCAUGGCGACAGAGGCUUUUUGAGUGCCAGGUUCCCAUUCACACUGAUCACACAUUAGACUGAUCAAAUCAGACUCCAGACCUGCUUCCUGACUAACUCAAUUUGCUCUCAUACGCUUCCCUUUUCACGCUGAGCACACGCGCGCACAUUUACACACACACAUACAAACACACACACACACACACUUGAGCCUGGGUGCGCACUCGAACGUGUGCGCACAAAACAGAAAACCAACAGAGAGCGGGGCAGCACCCAUUGAGCUCUAAUGAAAAGCAGAAAAAGCCGUUACCUUGGCAACUGCCUGCAUACAGUACAUCUUCAGGAGGACCCAGAUUUCCUGUCUGACUGCGAUCGUAUUGUUUUGGUUCUCUUUUUGAUAGCCGCAGCAUCCCUAGACAGAUUAUCUCACCGCUGGCAGGAAUUUAUGCUAAAUCAUCGCAGCCAUUUGCGCAGACUGGAAGCCACCACGCUGAAAAAUCCCAAAUCAGUCUGACAGGAUACCUUUAAGUCUGAAAACAGUAAAGCCACGGCCAAUCUGAGGGAUUUUACCUUGGGCUUGAGCCAUCUGUGUGAUUCAUCUCACAUAGGAUGAUCAGGACUCACUGUGGUUUAAAUGAACAUCUAUACAGCAGGAGCAUUUUUAACCCUGUGGUGGACCCCAAUGAACCAGGAGAGAUCACCUGUCAGUGCUCUAAAACCCAGAUUGCGUUGACCUUUUUUAUUUCUGAAGGAUGAGCGUAUUUCCUAGAAGACAGGUUGGAGCGUUUAACCCUUACCCCACACUAAACUCCACUCACAAACAAUCCCAACAUGAAGUCAUUCGUGUCUUGAAUAUAUCCGAUACCACAAAGCGCUCUUGUCCGUGCUGUUCUCGUCAUUAUCAUUCUCAUCACCAUAAUCAGAUUAUCAUAAUUAAAAUAAUUGCCAGGGCACUGUUUGUUAUCUCUGUAUGUUGGUUUUCAACAGGAAACCAAUCAGACCACCCAUGUUGUUUCUCAGCGGUUGAAAAAUGCUGGCGAGUUCAGAGGAGGGGACAGAAACCUACCUGUUUGGUGUGAUUUAACCAAACAUGCACAGAACUGUCAACCCAAAGUGACAGCUUACUCUCCCACAUCUGUGCUAUAGACGCUUCACUGUGGUUAAACGAAACAAGAGAUAAUGAACAGUCUGUGCCGCCUCUUUUUUUUUUGGAAAUUAAACUUGGAAUAGAAAAACCAGAGGGUGUAUAUCAUCUAACCUAAAGAUGUUUUUUUCUUAGUUAUGGUGUAGCAAUGUGAGGGCAAAACAAACCCUCUUUAAAAUUAAAACCAAUGCAAAAAGUGCAAAAACUGCAGUUCCUCAACUGUCCACCGGUGGCAUAAUUAAGUUAAAUGGCAAAUUGCGUCAUUUGUAUAAGCUGUACCUGAAGUGAAAUUUACUGAAACGUCCCAGGAAGCUAAGCCUGCCUCAACCUCCCUUUUCUUACUUGUGUCUUCGUCCACUUAAAGCUAGCUUGAGUCAACAUUUCCAAUAUGGCGACCGCCAUCAUUUGGCUUCAGAAAGCUUGGGUGAUGUCACUGAAGCUGUGUCCAUGUUUAACAAAACAUGUGAAGCUGUCAAAGGGUCAAACACACCGUAACUCUGAGUUAGAUACCCCCUCGAGAGGUGAGUGUUGAUGACCGCUUGCUUCUCUAGUUUUACCAACUUUGGUAACGACCGCACGAUAGCAAUACACAGCAGUCUCAUGUUUAUGAUGUCACCAUAUUGAUCAUUUUGCACUGCAGACGCGGUAGUUCUUCUGCCUUAGCGUCUCGGUCUGAUUGUAUUUCCAUGAAGAAAUUAUCAUAAAUGUUCUUCUUUGAGCUGCGUCACCCCGCUGUAGUCCGUAAUGGACUGGUACAGGUCUCGCUGCAAACAAGCGGCUGCUGGAAGAGAGUGGGUGUGUUGUGUUAAGUCUGUCAAAGCUAAAAAGAUGUUUGGUGGCUAGUGCUAUGGCUGGUACCCUAUAUGCACUGUUAAUAAAGUUAGGUGCUGUUCUGAGCAUUAUUUGUGGUUGAGGUUUGUGUAUGGCUCCUGAGACCGCUGUGUAUUGCUAUCGUGCGGUCGUUACCAAAGCAGUCGGCAACAUUCAUCUCUGGAGGGGGCGUCUAACUCGGUGUUAUGGUGUGUUUGACCCUAAAUUAAUUUUACGCCGGAAUAUCCCUUUAAGGUGCAUUUUCCAUGGGAACUGAUGGGAUAUGAGUCAAACUUUAAAAUCAAAUAACAUGUUAAGUGAACUUUAUUCCCACACGCUUUUUCUUGUUAUAGUUUGUUUUUAUGGAGCUGUUUUAUGUCUGAGUGUUCAUUAAAAAAAAAUACUUUUUAGGUUUGUGUUUCAUGCUAAGGGGUCUAACAUUGAUGAUUGACAGCUUUGUGUUUAGUAGUGAAGCAGAGUCAUUGAAAUGCCACUGACUCAGUUUAAGUUAAAUAUGAGGUGAACAGAAGGGUUGGGACUUUAAUUACCAAGGCUCUGUUCUGGAUUAAAAAUGAUUUUACUAAUUGUUGUGUAGCUAUUUAAGAAUAUUGAACUCAUUAAAAGCUGCUUGAAUUUCUUUUAAACUUUCAGAUUAGAAAAGUUUCUCAUAAAGCAAAAUAUUUCACAAGUCUACCUGAUUGAGAGUGAUGUUUCUUUUGCCUGAUUCAUCACUUUGAAGCAGUCGUAGCAGGAUGUGUCAUGACUCGGUAAAACGCUUUAAAAGCAGCUCAUCAUGAGGACUGGACUUUUUCCACCGCCUGUGUCACUGACUUCAGGGAAACAAAUGCACCGUGUUGCUAUCCGGUUCCUGGAGAUACAAUCUUAGCUGCUGUGAUGUCAGCGGGUCCAAGUUGCUGAUGUUGACAAUAGAGUAACCUUGUGUGGGCUCCACAUGCUGAUGCAAGGCUGUGCUGUAAACAAGAGAGCAACAUGUGUUUCCCUCCCAGAGCGUCGCUAAUUAAAGGCACAACAUGCGAUUUUUAACAGAUGAUUGUAUCAAAGCCUCAACUUUUUUUAAAACCAGUAUGAAAUGGGAUAUAGGAGCAGUGCUUUUUUUUUUUUUACCUUAUUGACCAUGUAGUAAGAGCUAUAAAGAGACUGAAUCCAGACUGGGGUUUGCUCCGGGUUUAUUUUGUUAUGCUAAGCUUUCCAAGCCCGAGGCUUUAUCUAUUACAUGUCACCAUCUGUCUCCUUAUGCACUGCCGUCUGUUUGUUUUGUGUCACAUUCAACCUCAAAUUUAACUUGGAAGAGGACUGAAACUUGAAGAAACGGAGGAGCGGUGAAACUUGAUUUUUGAGUGACAUUGUUAUACCUGAACAGAAAUACUCAGAUCAGGCGAUUGGCUAUCACCUGAGGGAGCAGCUAUUCCUGCUAAAUGAAACUUAAGUAGAUGAUUGUAUAUUGUAUUCUUUGAUAUUUUUUUUAAGAGGAAAUAUGUUUUGACAUUUGAAGACGCCAGCGUGGCCUCUGGGAAAUAAUGAUGAGCGUUUUCACUGUUUUCUGACAUUUAGUCAACAAAACGUUUAUUGACUCGCUGACAAAAUAAUCGGCAGUUUGAUUUAAUGGAAACAGUCGUCGGCUGCCAUGUUGGUCUGGAGUUAAAAUGCCUUCAGGUUUGUUUUAAUGUAAAGUUUUCUGUGUAAUUGCAUGCUGCUGCAGCAUGCUGUAAUUGAUGUCCAAUAAAGGAGCCAAUCAUAAGGCUGUAUUUUGAAUGGCUUGGCUCUGCAGUGGGAUCCAAUUUCCCUGUGGGCUCUGCUAGCAGACUAGCUUUUUGCUAAUAUCUCAUGAGCUAUCAAUCUGAAAAGUGCUGUGUGCCCGUUUUAGACGAGUGUGUCGGAAAUGAUUUACAGGACAUGAAUGGAAAAAUGACUCUGCUUUAAACAUGCGGAGGAGAAGAAGAAGCAGCAGAGCCAAUUUUAUGUCAGAAAAAGCACUCCAGUUAAUGUGUCCUCUUCCUCUUCAUCUUGUUCUUCUUCUCUGCAGACGGCCUACAAGCCCUGGCUGUGCGCUCAGUAUUUCCCCACCACCCCCCAUUCCUGUGAGAAGAGGGUACCCUGCCACCAGUACUGCCUGGAGGUUCAGCAGAGCUGUCCGUUCAUCCUGCCUGACAACGAUGACCUGAUCCACGGUGGCAGCCCCAGCUUCAUCUGCACAGGUAACACCUCCUCGCCUGAUUCUCCCUCUUGUUGACAACAGCAGGAGCAGAUCAGCGUGGACCUGGAGUGUGCGUGGGCGUUCAUGUGGCCUUGUAUUCUCUCCUGCUUCAGAGAAAAACCCCUAAUUCAAUCUAUGUGAGCAAAUAGCGUUUCAUUAAUUCAUGCUGUCUCCAUAUUUACUGGAAAGUGCCCCUGUAGGAAAAUCGAGAGGUCUUUCCGAAGGCUUUCUGAUGACACCUAGUGGCGUGUUCGAGCAUAACCGAGCUCAAGCAAGGACAUUUUAACAAUGCAUUGAUAGAUUGAAUCUGGCCUGUCUCUCAAUAUUUACUGCAGUUUAUACAGUAGUACUCACCAAGGAUUCUGCCUCAGAGGAGCACACACAGGCUGGAUGCCAACAAACAAGUAACCUGUAGGAUCUGAGGGAAACAACGGCGUCCUUUCAAAGGCUUUAGUGGUGCUUUUCAGUCGGUGUGGCCGCAAAGGUGGAAAAUAAAUCGACCUGCGUCAAGAAAUAUGCGAGGUCAUCAACAAUUUAUUGCCUACAAGGCUGUUGAAAGAUUGUGUUAUAUACAUUAUUUGAUGCACUUUUCAACAGAAGCUCAAAAGAGGUUCAAACGGCUGCAUCUAUCUCUCCUUCCCUGAUUCCCUCUGCUUAGACAAAGCUGGGUCCAGUGGCAACAAACUCCCCCCAAACAUCCCUCUCUCUCUCCCCAGUGAUGCUCUCCAAAACAUCAGGGGGGAUUUUGAGAUUUUGAGGCAUCCCCAUGACAGGGAUGUUUAAUCCCUCCAGUGCUUUCUUGGUCCACCUCCCAGCUGGACUUGUUGGCCUUGUAAAACCCCCAAAGGAAGGUGCCCAGGAGGCAUCCUCAUCUGAUCCCCAAUGCCUCAACUGUCUCCUUUUGAUGCAUCGGUGUACCGGCUCCACUCAGAGCUUUCCCUGGAUGUUUGAUCUUUGGACCCGGUCUCUUUCAACCCUCUGGACAAGUCUUACCUCAGCCGCUUGUAACUGCAGCAUCACUCAUUUUUACCUUAAAGCUCAAAGCCAUAGGUUAAAGUUAGAAUAUAGACUAGCUGGUUAAAUACAAGAGUAUACAAAAGCUCUUUAAUGGAAGAGAAAACGACAAAAGCUCCGCUGUCAUAUGAGAAACAGAACCGGCCGCACAAAAAGAAAAAGUUCCAACACCUGUGCAGGUGAAGAGUGGGUGUGUGGGGGCGUAAUGAGUCACUAACAAGCUGUUCAUGCUUUAGUAGACAAAAGCUCCAUCGACUCCACCACUGUGGUCACCUUUAACAUCCCAAAUCACAGGUGUGUGGUCGUUUUUCAAAACUAAAACUUGUUCAUUUUAAAGCUUGGACAUUUAGUUAAAACGCAAAACUGCACAUUUACUCUCUGUAUAUUCAUGUCUUCUAGGUCCAGAUGAGGUUGUGGGUCAUGUUAUAAUGCUGCAUACAUUAUUUUGGCCAGAUGCUGUCACUUCCACUACAGAGUCUCUAGGCUUUGUACUCAAUGACACCACUGUUCUUUUAUUGUUAUUCCUUACUAUGGGCUCGGGCUGUAUGCUGUAUAGUUUUCUCUUUGUGUUGUACAUGUUUUGAGCCCAUGCAGUGACUUCCACUACCGAGUCAUAUCUGUUUUUAUUCAAAAUUCCACACUUUGACAAAUCUAAUAUAAGCCUUUGUUAAUCAGUUUAUAUUAGAGGGGCAGGGAAUAUUAUAAAUAAGGUUUAAGAUACGCUAGAAAUCUACAUCUGGACUACAGACCUUUUAAAUUAAGACAAAAGAUCUUCUAAUCUAGCCGUAAUAAAAUUUGUAUUUGCAGGAACUUUUAAUUUAUUCAGAUUUUAAUGUUUAGAUUGAAGUUUAAUAGCACACUAUACUGUCUUUUCCUUGAUUACAGAUGAGGAUUUACUCUGAAAGUUAAAACUCACUCUUCAGCUGCUUUUAUUGCCGAGAACUUUCUGAGUUUUCACCGCGGUGCUCCUUUUACGCCCAGAGUCCAGACGCCGAGAGUCAUCAUCUGAUGCAGCGGUGCGUCACCCUCUGUGUAGCCCUGGACUUUAAUUUGAGUUCAGCCCGAGGUCAUCGUGUCUGGUCCUCCGUGUCGUGAUUAGAGCUACAAACCGAGGUCAAGUGGCCUUGAUCCGUCUCCAGCACACUCUGAAGGAUGGUCAAUGCUGAUGAGAUAACCGCCACUGUAACAGCAGCCAUGUACUCCAUGCUAAUUAAAACCGUUUGUCUUACAGAUGCAGUUUUAAAAAGAGAUUUUACUGUUAUGUUAUAUUUCAUUUCAACUCCCGUCAACAGCUCCUACAAAUACAGACACUGGUUAUACGGGAAGAAGUUUCCUAUAUUAUACAAAACACAAAUCCAUUGAAGUUUGGAAAUUGUGAUAAACGUAAAUAAAAACAGAACACAAUGAUUUGCAAAUCUUUUUCAACCUAUAUUCAACUGAAUACACUACAAAGACAAGAUAUUUAAUGUUCAAACUCAUAAACUUCAUUUUUUUUUUCAAAUAAUAAUUAACUUUAGAAUUUCAUGGCAGCAACACGUGACAAAGAAGUUGGGAAAGGUGGCAAAAAAUACUGAGAAAUUUGCGGAAUGCUCAUCAAACACCUAUUUGGAACAUCCCACAGGUGAGCAGGCUCAUUGGGAACAGGUUGGUGCCAUGAUUGGGUAUAAAAGCAGCUUCCCCAAAAAUUCUUAGUCAUCUCAGAAUCUGGAGAAAUCACAGCACAUAAGCGGCACGGCCGGAAACCAACAUUGAAUGCCUGUGACCUUCGAUCCCUCAGGCGGCACUGUAUCAAAAACCGACAUCAGUGUGUAAAGGAUAUCACCACAUGGGCUCAGGAACACUUCAGAAAACCACUGUCAGUAAAUACAGUUCGUCGCUACAUCUGUAAGUACAAGUUAAAACUCUACUAUGCAAAGCGAAAGCCAUUUAUCAACAACAUCCAGAAACGCCGCCGGCUUCUCUGGGCCCGAGCUCAUCUAAGAUGGACUGAUGCAAAGUGGAAAAGUGUUCUGUGGUCUGACGAGUCCACUUUUCUAGUUGUUUUUGGAAAUAGUGGACGUCGUGUCCUCCGGGACAAAGAGGAAAAGAACCAUCCGAACUGUUAUCAACGCAAAGUUCAAAAGCCAGCAUCUGUGAUGGUAUGGGGGUGCAUUAGUGCCCAAGGCAUGGGUAACUUACACAUCUGUGAAGGCAACAUUAAUGCUGAAAGGUACAUACAGGUUUUGGAGCAACAUAUGCUGCCAUCCAAGCAACGUCUUUUUCAUGGACACCCCUGCUUAUUUCAGCAAGACAAUGCCAAGCCACAUUCUGCACGUGUUACAACAGCGUGGCUUCGUAGUAAAAGAGUGCGGGUACUCGACUCGAUUAUGACGCGUAGAAAUACGACAACGGAGACCCCGGACUGUUGAACAACUGAAGCUGUACAUCAAGCAAGAAUGGGAAAGAAUUUCACCUUCAAAGUUUCAACAAUUAGUCUCCUCAGUUCACAAAUGUUUAUUGAGUGUUGUUAAAAGGAAAGGUGAUGAAACACAGUGGUAAACAUGCCCCUGUCCAACUACUUUGGCACGUGUUGCAGCCAUGAAAUUCGGAGUUAAUUAUUAUUUGCAAAAAAGAAAUAAAGUUUAUGAGUUUGAACAUUAAAUAUCUUGUCUUUGUAGUGUAUUCACUUGAAUAUAGGUUGAAAAGGAUUUGCAAAUCGUUCUAUUCUGUUUUUAUUUAGGUUUAUCAAAAUUUCCCAACUUUAGUGAAAUUGGGUUUUGUACUCCCUAACAAAGUUCUCACCAUCUUUUUUCCCACUUUUACAAAUCAGAAAAAGCUUUAGAUCAGCUGGAGUCAAGGCUCUGAAUAAUAGAUCUGUAUUUCCGGAGUAAGUCUGAAUUUUCCCUUUUGUCAUGUCUCUCUCAGGGCUUUUGGGAGAACAUCUAUCAGACAGUGAGGCGGAGUGCUGCGACGUCCGAUGGGACUCCAAAAUGGACAACCCUUCAGGCGAGACACUAAAAAGGACUGCAUCUUCCUGCCAGCCCGAGGGGGCCUCAGUCACCUCAGCUGCCACCCCAAGACUGUGCAGCGGGCGACUGAAGAUCUGCCUGCUGGCCCUUGUCCUCCUACACACUGUCAUCAUCAUUUCAGCCUCCCAUAAUUCCACAUUGGUGGGCGUGGCUGCCAUUUUCUCGCCUGAGGAGAGCGCUUCUAAUGAGGAGUGA